GGCUGGCCCCGUGCCAUGCAGAGGAGGAGCAGCAAAUCCCCGGAGCACAUUAAAAAGCGAGGCUUCGCGGCAGCCAGGGGAAGAAAACACCUCCAUAGAAGGCAGCGGAGAGGAGCGGCUGCAGCAGCGCCCGCAACGCCGCGCAGGGGCCGCGGCGCCGGGGCGGCCGGACCCAAACUUUCGGGGCAGGGCGGCUCGGCGGCGGCGGAUCGCGGGCGGCGGCUCGGCCGGGCCCGGCGGUGGAUGAGGCUUUCUCGGCCGGGUCGCUGAGCCUGCAGUCGCCGCAAGAUGCCCGCCGCGCUGCCCAGCCUGCUGGCCUGGCUGGCGGUGCUGCUGCUCGGCAGGGCCCGCCCGGCCGACGCCUGCAGCUGCUCGCCCAUCCACCCGCAACAGGCUUUCUGCAACGCGGACGUAGUGAUCCGAGCAAAGGCCGUCUCUGCGAAAGAGGUGGAUUCGGGGAACGAUAUAUAUGGGAACCCGAUCAAGAGAAUCCAGUACGAGAUCAAGCAGAUCAAGAUGUUUAAAGGCCCUGACAAGGACAUCGAGUUCAUUUACACGGCUCCGUCCACGGCGGUGUGCGGCCGGCCGCUGGACACCAGCGGGAAGAAGGAGUAUCUCAUUGCAGGCAAGUCGGAGGGCAACGGCAAGAUGCACAUCACGCUCUGCGACCUGGUCUCCACCUGGGACUCGCUGAGCCCCACGCAGAAGAAGAGCCUCAACCAGCGGUACCAGAUGGGCUGCGAGUGCAAGAUCUCGCGCUGCCUCUCCAUCCCCUGCUUCGUCUCCUCCUCGGACGAGUGCCUCUGGACGGACUGGGCCAUGGAGAAGAACAACGUGGACGGGCGGCAGGCCAAGCACUACGCCUGCAUCAAGAGGAGCGACGGCUCCUGCGCCUGGUACCGCGGCAUGGCCCCCCCCAAGCAGGAGUUUCUCGACAUCGAGGACCCCUAAGCCGAGCGAGCGCAGUCCAGUAGCCGGUAGAAAAAGCCUGUGAGAUGUUAGACUGGUCCACACUGACAUCACUACCUGGGGACAGCAUGAAAACGCGCCGGCCCGCGCGGGUCCCGGGGCGGCACGGGGACCCGCUCGGCCCCACGACGCAGCCUGCGUCCGCGGCGCUCCGGUUGCUCCCGGCCGGGGCCGAGGCGCUGCCCGGCCGCGUCCAGCCCCGCGCAGCGCCCCAGGCUGCGUAGCAGGUCUACCAGUCCCCUCGCCGCCGCACGCAGCCCCCCCGCACGCUGGCACCCUGCGGCGUCCCCCCCCGGCACCCAGCCCGCGCCGGGGGGCCCUGCGCGUGCAGCAAGACGUGCCCAAGCUCUGCGCCGGGGCGUUGCGCGGCCACACGGCUCCCGUGCAGCUGCCUUGGCCCGGGGAGCAGGCUGACGCGGCCGGGAGCGCCCCGUCCCCGCGCGGGUGCCGGCCCCGUCGCCCCUCCGGGCCGCGGCGGCGGUGGCAGUGGGCUCCCGCGGUGCCCGGCCGCGGCGGCGCGGGGAGGUGGGCGCCCGUCCGGGGAGCGGGUGCCGAAGCCCCUCGCUGCGGGAAGGGGUCGGACCCGCUCAGCGCUCCGAUUUCCGGAGCCGGGCUGGGAACUCGGCGCCCCGCGGGGCAUCGCGGGCGGCACCGCGGCGGGCGCGGGAAGCGGCGGGGGGGAGUUCCCACGGCCCAGUCGCGAGGUGCUCGCGGCCGUUUGCCCAUCAGCCGCGGCCCCGGCAGCGCCCGCGUCCCCGGCGAGCCCUCCCGCGUCCCCGGCGAGCCCUCCCGCGCGCCCCGUCCCCUUUCUCUGAGCCAUUUUCACGUCGCAGUGGCACUCGUGCGCGCGGCUGUUGUCCGUCGGCGACACGGCGCCGGCACACGCGCACACGGUCUCGUAAAGCAGAUUUGGGAGCGUGUUGGGAAUAAUCCCUGCGGACCCACUUCAGGGGCGUUUUCAUGCUGUGCAUCCCUGUGAGGUUUCUAGAUGUCGUACUGGACCAGUCUGGGCAAUUUCAACAUAUUAAAGAAAAAAUAAAAAAGAAAGGAAAAAAGAACCCAACCUCUAAUCAAUCCCAUGUAAGACUCCUGUUUGCUUCCUGUAUGGUUAUAUCAUAUGUGACAUUUACUCCUGUCUCUGCUGGUAGCCUCUCUCUGAGUUUAAUAUUUCCAUUUGUUUUGCCAUCGGCUGUAUCAUUCCCGUGCUGUAAUUUUUUUUAUUUCCUCGUUAGGUGUUAGAAUUGCACUUAUUUUUGUAAAGGGUUUCUGCGUUGGGCGCUUCCAACACAAAGCGGGAAGACUGUGAGCGAAUCCGCGGAGGGUUGACUCCUCCGGCGCUUCCUACUAGCAGGUUAGUUGGUGUCCGCCUCCCCCGCCGCCGCCCGGCCCGGCCCCGCGCAGAGCCGCCGCGGAGCUGUUGCUCUUUCUCUGGAAAGGAUAUGAAGGAUUCUGGAUUGGCUUUUUUAAUUUAUAUAUCUCUGGUUCUUGGCUCCGCUCGCUUCCUUCCUGACUCCGUUCCCUUCUCCGUGCAAGCAACUUAAAACGUUAAAAAAAAAAAAAAAGAAAGAAAAGAAAAAAAGUUUACAUUAUAGUUAUUUUCAAAUCUUUGCUUGAUGAGUAUUAAAGUAAGAAGUAUCUAACUUGCUGCCAUAAUUUAAAGCUUUGGGGGGGGGGUCGUUUGGGGUUUUUGAGCAAUAUGUUUUUGCUGGAAUCUGAAGUCUGAGACCUUCUUGUGCUGGAAACACAUGAAAGUUGUUGAAUAAUGACAAGCAGACUGUGCAUGUCUCUGAUGCUUUGUAUAAUUCAUACGUGGACAUUCAGUCUUUGGACAAUAAACUGUAUUAUCGAACCAAA